CCCUUGACGUCAUCCCGAACUUGGCAACCAGUGCUUCCCAUUUCUCUCUCUCUCUAAUUUCAUGGAUUUAAAGGUACGGAAUCGAAGCCCAUAGCCAAGGGCUCAGCAGAUGGAGCAACCCAUCACUCAUUUGGCGAACGCGCCAUGCUCUGAGAUCUCACCAGAAGAAUGCCUCGACCCUGUACACAACCUGUAGCUGAAGCUGCAAACCAGGGUAACGCCUUCUUUGUUCACGACCUUUUUGCGAGGCUCAAAAUUGGCGGCUGAGAGGGGGAGAGAGAUUGUCUUAGAAUCAGUUCUUCACAAGAUGAGGACUCCUGUAACUUAUCACAAUGUCAGUAGAAUGACAGAUUACAGAAAAGAUGCACACCCCUCAGUUUACUGAAAGCAAUUCAAAUCCCCUGAAGAAUUUUUAGCGGUGGAGAAAUCUCAAGAUUGUAGUUAUUGGUGCUUGCCUGGAGUUCCUGAUACAUGGAAUGAGUUGCUCUAUGUUUCCCUUUUAAUGGAAGGUUGAGCUUUUGGGAUUCUCUACCGAAGAAAGGGAGAAACCACGGUUGGACCUAAGCCGAUCCUUGAUAAACAGGGGAACUUUGAGAGAGAGAUGGGUGCUUGAAAUGGGAUUGGAUUGGACUUUUUGUUAUCAUCAAUGUGCAAACAACAAUUGGUGCGAAAGCUCUCUGCAACUUUCCCUCUCUUCAGAGUAUACCACCAUUUUUUCAACUUCAGCCCACCAUCAAAGCUCUUCCUAGUAUACAGUUCACCUUCAUACCCAUCUACUCAAACGAUCAUUUCAGUUCACUUUCAGUGGCUGGAUUCAAGGUCAUUGUGUUCUUCUCGGAACAAAAGAAACCAUCUCCCCCAAAACCCAGUUUCUUCCUCUUCUUAUCAGAGAAGAAGUACCCAUAUUCCAAAAAGCCCAAAUUCUUCUUCACCGCAGAAUAAACAAACCCAUAUCACAAACAACCCAAUUUUUUACAGAGUUCAUGGAAGAACCCAUCUCCCUGAAAACCGAAAUUCUUACAGUGGCCAUGAAAGAAGAAGCACUGAACAUUACUAUACACAACUCAUGGAGUUGGUCAAAUGUGUGGAGGUUGGAGUCAUGGAAGAGAAACUGAAUCAUAUGAACCUUAAACUAUCAAACAAGGUGGUUACUGAUAUUCUACGCUCCACACCAAACCGUGGAGCGCUGAUGUUUUUCAAUUGGGCAAAAACUCGCCCAGGUUUUAACCCGAAUUCCACAAAUUACAAUCUGGCUAUUAGUAUUUCAGGCUUGCUAGAAAACUUUGAACUCAUGCUUUUGCUCAUGGAGGGGCUAUCUUCCAAAGGGCAUUGCCUGACUGUAACUGCCUUUUCUUUUCUCUCUCGUAGCCCUUCAAUUCAAAAUUCAGUUAAGGAGAUUCUUAGUAUAAUUCGAAGAGUUGGGGGACCUUGCCUAAAGUCUGGUGUAUACUAUCUGAUCUCUUCGCUCUGUGAUUUGAAUUGCUUCGAACUGGCUAUUCUUGUCAUGGAAGAAAUGGGGAAAAAGACCUCUUAUUACAAUGUGUUGAUUGCUGCGAAAUGCAGAAAUGGAGAAUUUGAAGAAGCAAAAGUUGCUCUAGAUGAAAUGAAGGGACUUCACUAUGGCAUAAAUACCGGUUCCUUUAAUUACUUGCUGGGCAGUCUCUGUAAGAAGGGAAGGGUUGCUGAAGCUUGCCAGUUGCUUGAGGCUAUGGAGGAUUUGGGUUGUUAUCCCGAUGAAAUAACUUUUGAAGUCAUGGCUUAUCAUGCUUGUCGAAUGGGUAAAAUGGAUUCGGCUCUUGAGUUUCUUAAUAAAAUGAUUUUAGAGGGACUCAAGCCUCGGUUUACUACUUAUGCGGCUUUCAUCAAAGGUUACUUCUUUGUUGGGGAGGUCCAAAAUGCUCACAAAUUUGUGCUUGAAAUGAGUGAGAAGGAUAAUUGCUCAGCCAACAUGAAUUAUAGUUUGCUUAGUAGUCUUCUUCGAAAAUCAGGAAAGAUAGUUGAAGCACAUGCUAUUCUAGUGGAAAUGAUUGACAAGGGGCUUAAACCCAACUUCCCAGUUUUCAUAAAAGUGGUGAAGGAUCUCUCUCAUGCUGGAUUCAGAGAAAUGGGAUUGGAUUUGAAAUGCCGGUUCUCAAAAUUUACAGGUGUUUCAGGUGUUGAUGAUGUGUAGCAUUGAGUUAAAAGAGUUUGCGACACACAGAAAAUCUUGUUCUCAUGUUUCAAUAUUGUUGGGGUCCUUAUUGGACUUCGAAUGUGAAGCUCUGUUGACUCUGAUAGCUGAAGUGGGAAACAUGACUAUUAAUUCAUCAGUCUUCAGUCAUGAGGCGGCAAUCAAUUUUCUUUUGUUUUUUAAUUAUUCAUGGGUGGCAAAUUAAGAUUGGGAAGACACAAACUUUGCCAAUGAACAUUUUUCUCGAGUCUUGGAACAGAGACUGUUGAACUUUUGAGUAGUACUACAGUUGCAUGAUAGCAUUGGAUUGUGGCUUUAUAAUGAUGUUCACUUUUCAAAGGUUUGAAGCAUGGUGGAAGUUGGAAGUUGGGUUCGGUACCUGGUACAGAUGACUGUUAACUCCUAAAUUGAGAAUCUUUUAUAGCUUAUUUGCCUGUUAUACUAUCAGAAAGCCAACUUUGGGAUGACAUCUGAGAGGAGGGGAGGAACUAAUCUCGCCACGUAUGUGUAAAGGCACUCAAGUGUUUGUCCACCGGUCAUGCCUCAAUUAUUGGCGCUCAGCUAUUUCUUUGAUGGGUGGUCUUGCUUAUUUGAUGGAUACAAAUGGUGAAUUCAGGAAUUCUUUCAGCGAUGGGUGGGACCAUAUAUUGUCGAAGCAUCCAAUACCAUUCUACUACUGUUUUGAGGAUAUGCAGAAACAUUAACACAUUCUCACCAAGAGGGAGCUCACAAAGGCAAGAAUCCCAUUCCUCCCUUGAUUUCUCUCCAAUUUUCUUACCCUGUUUUCUUUCAUCCGUUUUCUUUUAUCGGAGAGGAAUCUGUAAGCACAAUGGAGAUGGUAUAUAGUGUACUUUCAAAGGGGAAUCCACUGUCAAUGACAGUGGAGUGGAGACUAACUAUUCCUUAAUGAAUGUCCCAACGGGGACUUUCCACGGUUUAUCUCCAUUGUCCAUCGUCAGGAAUGGAUGCAUGGUGGCUUUGGGACUACUGUAUUGCCUGCUCUAUUGGAUUAUAGUAUCUCUUUUUACGAGAUGUCAUCAUCAUAGACCAUAUUUUUAUUUUGUUAUCACUAAAAUAAAUAAAAUAAAUAAAUAAAUAAAUAAAUAAUCCCAUAUAUAUGUUGUUGAAGAUCUUCAGGGGUGCUAAACACCUUCAAAACUGGACCAUGAACAUGAACAACAGCUGAAGCAGCUCAUGUUUUUGUAGAUAUGGACUGCAUGUUUGUCAGUCCCAAGCUCAGGUUAUCCGUGAUUGUUAAUUGGAAAAGGUGAUAGUUUGUUUGUGCUUUGGCUUCUUGGUGGAUUGAAAGAAUCAUAUCUAUUGGGUAAGUAUGUUGCGGCGCUGGCCUUUCCGAAAUGAUGGCAAACAUAUAAUAUCCAUUUGAAGUCGGUGUCAAGUGUGUUAUGAUGUAGUCACUUAGAAAUCACUAGCCAUGCGUACUUUUCAUCUCCUGAGCUGGCUUACCCAUCUGGUGAUCAGUCUGUUUUGGGGAGUCAAAUGUAAGCCCAUCCAAGCAAUUGAAAGGGGUUAGAUGCACCAUAUUAGUUAGAACUCCCUUUUGCUGAGAAUACUGAAUGGAAAAGGAUUCUUAACAUUUCCUAUUAUUUAUAAUAAUCCAAGUUAAAAACCUAUCUAGAUGAUCGCCUGUUCAUAAUUUUUGGCCUUUUAAUGCAUCUGGCUCCUUUCCUUCAGUGUCUAUCAUGUUGAAAUUUUCAUAAAUAUCUUAUAGUUUUCUUUAAAAAUAUCUCGGAUUUUCAUAUUGUUUUGCUCAUGGCCUUUUUUUCUUCCAUGAUUACUUAAUUUUUCCAUGUUUGGAAACUCAAAUUUCAAAACUUGCUCGUUGUCUUCGAAGUGACACGAGUUUGGAACUUUAAGAUCCAUACCAGGUCUUUUGUAUUCGUAUAUUGGAACUUCAAAGUUCACGAAUGGGUUUUUUUCUUUAUUGCGAAAGAUUGGUGCGGAACUUCAAGUCCGGACAGGUCACUUCAAUUCCGAACCAAGUCGAUGAAUCGGUUUGGAACUUUCCAAACGCCAUACCCCUUCUCUAUAGACUGCUUGGAGAGAAGGAAGAAUAAUGUGUUCCCUCAGGGGCACAUUGUAAACAUUGUCCCAAAAAAGAUUUUAUUAGAGUGAUAAACUAACUUUUAUUUAUUUAUUUAUUUUUUCUUUUUUAAUAAUUUUUUAUUAUGUACAGGGCUUUAAAAAACCACGAGUCGACCCAGAAUCGUCCGGGUCAACACAAAAAUCAACCAUCCCGUGUCAGUUCCUAUGGAAUACCGGAAAUUGGGUGUCUAGAGAGGAAUCGCCGGUUCUCAGCGAUAUGCUACAGUGAAUCGGGCGAGUGGACACGACACAGCUACCUACAUGUGGCCGUCGAUAUCCAAUAUCGCUGCUACAAUGAAUCGGGAGAUAUGCUACAGUGAAUCAGGUGAGUGGACACGACACAACUACCUACAUGUGGCCGCUGCGAUAUCCAAUAUCGAUGCUACAAUGAAUCAGGCGAGUGGACAUGUGGCCAUCGAUAUCCAAUAUCGAUUCUGGGUCGACAUAGAAAUCGACCACCCUGUGUCAGUUCCUAUGGAAUACCGGAAAUCGGGCGUGUCUAGAGAGGAAUCGCCGAUUCUCAGCGAUAUGCUACAGUGAAUAGGGCGAGAAUCAGGUGAGUGGACACGACACAACAACCUACACGUGGCCGUCGAUAUCCAAUAUCGAUGCUACAGUGAAUCAGGCGAUAUGCUAUAGUGAAUCGGGCGAGUGGACUCGACACAGAAUUGGGCUAGGGGACACGAGAUAGCUACCUACAUGUGGCCGCUUAUCGAUGCUACAGUGAAUCGGGCGAGUGGACACGACAUAGCUACCUACAUGUGGCCGUCGUGAUAUCCAAUAUCGAUGCUAUAGUGAAUCAGGCGAGUGGACGCCGAUAUCUAAUAUCGUUGCUACAGUGAAUCGCGCGAGUGGACACGACAUAGCUACCUACACGUGGCCGCUGUGAUAUCCAAUAUCGAUGCUAUAGUGAAUCAGGCGAGUGGACACGACACAACUACCUACAUGUGGCCGCCGAUAUCCAAUAUCGAUAAAUAUAUGCUGCCUGACAGCAGCCACACAUGGCAACCUCAAACCCGUUGACGUGGCACCUCACCUCAAACGUCAUAUGGGAAGCCCCCGUGCUUUUACGCGUGCAUCAAGAGUCCUUAUCACACAGCUAUUUAUAGAGAGAAAUGUUACACUCGUCCUUCGAUGUUGGAUUAAUAUAACGUUGAGAGUUGCGACAGUAAUAUAAUGUAUAUAUUUAUUAUAGAAAUAAAAGACCCAUUCAGUGAUAUGGUGCAGUUGGUUAUCAUUAUCGAUUUUAGCUUAAGCGUCCCAAGUUUGAAC